UGUCUGGACUUGAUUUACAACAGCAAGUCGUCUGUGUUCAAGAUGACAACUCUGCACUUGGGUGUCAUUUUAGUUGGCUGGACACUAUGGCCACUAUGACCAGUAUGACCAGUAGCUCACCAAGGAAGCUCCCGCAAGCAUGUGACACAUGACGUGAAGAAUGAAGAAAGAAAUAACAGCGGCAGUCCACUUCCUGAAGAAGCUGGUGUUAGCGAGAGGGAGGCUGCAGUGGCACCAAAUCGAGCUGUUCAUUGCCAGGCUCACUGUCGCGCUGCACGACAAGUUCCAGGGCCACUGGUACCCAGGUGACCCAGGAAAGGGGCAAGCGUACAGGUGCAUUCGAGUGAACAGGUAUCAGCGUGAAGAUCCGGAGCUGCUUCGAGCCUGCCGGGAAAGUGGGGUUCACUACUGUGACCUGGGACUGCCUCUUGAAGUCACACUGUGGGUCAACCCUGGGGAAGUCUACUGCAGACAUGGAGAGAACAGUUUUUGCUUCUUGGUGGCCAGUUUCAAUGAUGAUGAGGGAGGUCAGGAUCCCGCAAAAAAGGUAACCAGCAUUUUGUAG